AUGCUUUUGCGGCGUUCAAUGGCAAAUUUGAUGUUUAGUAGAAUAUGUAGAUUGUCAGAUGCUGGCCCCAAUUGCUUCUGGCCUUUAAGGCAUCCUUCGUUAGUAGUAUGCGCAUUAUCUUGUAGCAAAUGGAGCUCUAAAAUAAGAGCAUUUGGAACCGCCGCUACAGCCACCGUCGUUGAGGCGGAUGACAGUAAGGUAAAAGAUACAUUCUUUGCUGCUGAAAAUGUGACGUGGGCAUCUCUUGGUGUUUCAAACUUGGUCGCUGGAGCACUGUCCAAGAUUGGCUUGCAGAGACCCUCCUUGGUUCAGGCCGCUUGCAUUCCGAGUAUCUUUUCAGGUGCUGACACAAUAGUUGCUGCAGAGACCGGUAGUGGGAAAACCCAUGGAUAUUUAGUUCCGUUGAUUGAUAUGCUAUGCAAGGCUUCUGAAAACUCGAAAGAAAUUUCAUCUAAACGAGGACCAGGGAAACAUCGUCAUUUAUCACUUGUUCUUUGUCCAAAUGUCAUUUUAUGUGAGCAAGUCGUCCGUAUGGCUAACUGCUUACUUAAAGAAAAUGGUGAACCGCUGCUUAGUGUAGCCGUUGUUAGUGGGCGGCAGGGAUGGCCAGUACUUGAACCCCACAUUGUAGUUUCGACACCAGAUCCACUUCUGAGGCACCUUGAUGCAAUUGAUGCUGAGAAAGAAAGACACUCAAAUUUCAUACGUGGUGUGGAGUACAUCGUUUUUGAUGAAGCAGACUUGUUAUUCUGUGGGAGCUUUCAGAACCAAGUUACUCGUAUUAUAAACAUGCUUGGUUUUGAUGAAAAGCAGCCGCCGCGAAUGAAGGGCUUAAAGCUUGAGAACCGUAUAGCUGACAUGGAAUCUAGUGGAGAAGAUAAUGAAGACAUGGAAACAGAUGCAUUUUCAGAAAACAAAGACAACAAGAAUGAUGCAAGGAGGGUUAAGAAAACAUAUAAUCGGAAAGCCAGUUGGGUAGCUGGAAAUUAUUUCCACCGCCCCAACCCAAGAUUGGAGCAAAACUGGAUCGAAGUGACUGUUGACUCACAAGCAGAUGCCCUCAUUAGUGCUGUCAAUUAUGGAAUCAAUUGCGCAUUGGCUCCGUCGUCUCCUGUUAGUCGUACAAUGAUAUUUUCCAACACUGUUGUGGCUGUUGAAGCUGUAGCUGACAUUUUGACAGGAGCUGGAAUUGAAUGUUUUCGAUAUCACAGUGACAUCCCUCUAGAUGAGCGUUCAAAGAACGUAUUUGAUUUCCAGCAGAAUGGUGGUGUUUUUGUGUGUACCGAUGCUGCUGCUCAUGGUCUGGACAUUCCUAAUGUUUCACAUGUUAUUCAGGCUGAAUUUUCUAAAUCUGCGGUGGAUUUCCUCCAUAGAGUUGGUCGUACAGCGAGAGCUGGUCAGCCUGGCUUGGUGACAAACAUGUAUAAAGAAGUAAAUCUUGACCUUGUCACUGCAAUUCGUCAAGCCGAAAGACUGGGUGAACCUGUGGUAAUACUUCCUUGGCAUUGUUCCCUUACUGAAAGACAGGCUCAACCUGAGGAGAAUGUUGUUAUCAGGAAAAGGAACUUUAGAAACAUAAUCCAUAAUAAAUCCCCUGUGCCAAAAGGCUCCCCGCCUCGCGAGGCUACGGCACCGAAAAGCUACUUGAAAAACAAGCUUAAAAAUAAGAGGUAUCAGACAUAA